UCUCGACUUAACUGGAUGAAAGCCCUCCGCCUGGUGAAGUCCUUGAAGGAUCCCUGGGAGAAGUUCCACAUCACCGACCACAAGAGCGAGUUCGCCACUCGCCAUCGCUACCACGCCCUCCGCAAACAGUGGGUCACUGAUGUCGUGGAGGUCAAGAUGGAGGAUGAGCCGUUCGAUCAGGGCGCCAUGAGAUGCUGCUACAGGAUUAAGAAGAUGCCAACAUUCGGCAAGCACAAGGACUGGAAGCACGCCCACAACUAUGUGGCCAAGUCUUACAUCGCCAAGCAGGUUAGCAGAGAGGUUUACUUCAGUGACGUCCGUCUCCAGAUGGAUGCCAAGUUGUGGGGCGAGGAGUAUAACAGGCACAAUCCACCCAAGAAGGUUGAUAUCGUACAGAUGUGUGUACUGGAGUUUAACAACAGACCGGCCGGUCAGCAGUUUUAUCAUCUGGAGCAUUUCAUUGAAGGCCAUUAUACCAAGUACAAUUCAAACUCCGGAUUUGUGGAGGAGAGUCUGAGGAUGACUCCGCAGGCAUUCAGCCACUUCACCUUCGAGAGGUCGGGGCAUCAGCUGAUCGUAGUGGACAUUCAGGGGGUGGGUGACCUCUGGACUGACCCGCAAAUCCACUCUAUUGAUGACAUUUAUGGAGAUGGUAAUCUUGGGACUAAAGGAAUGGCAUUGUUCUUCCACUCUCAUAAAUGCAACUCCAUCUGUGAGUCCCUGGGCCUCUCGAAGUUCGAUCUCGCCCCCUCUGAAAUCAACCUCAACAAUGACGUGUACAAUGACAAGAGGCACGUGACUCCGGCGACACGCGUGCGUGGUGAGGAGGAGCAGUGCGUGGCGGCCUCUCCGAUCGACCGCAUCGACCUGCAUAGCUUCCUUCAGAGGAGCAGGAACAUGUCGACCUGCAGUUCCACCGUCAUGAGUGCUGACGAUGACCACAACUUGCACAACAACAACUUGACCAACCAUAUCAGCAGUCAGCACAUCAACAACGACCCCGGCAACAAUGAGGACCACUUCAACUGCGCCAGCCCCAUGCUCUUCUCACCUCCCGUGCGCAAACCUCGGCAGAGAUUCUAUAGUGAAUCUGAAGAGUGCAUGUCGCUGAGCAGAGCUGAGCAGUAUCGUCUGCAGUUUGAAUUUGACAACCAGGGCAAGGCUCGGCCGGCCUGCGUCGAGCACGAACUCAAACUGAGAAACAAACAGCAAAUCAGAAAAUUAUGCGACUCUGUUCUUGGACAGAUCCAUCACGACCUGGCCAAAUACCACGAGAUGGGCAGGUUCUGCGAGAAGAAGAGUGAAGUUGGAGAGGUCGAUCUGGAGGCUGCUCUCUUCCACGAGAGGUACGCAGCGGACCUCGGGGUGAAGGAGGCCAUGUUGAUCCUGGCCAGCAUCUACCUGGACAUGCCCAGGGAGCUUCUGAUUGGUAUCGAUGUUGAGAAAACGGAGGAGAACCAGAGGAAGGGUAUGGAGUACAUGGUGAGGGCAGCCGAGGCGGGUGACAGGGGGGCCAUGCUGUACGUGGCACAUGCCUUCGAGACGGGCGAGAUCGUUGGCGAGAAGGGACGCUCUCUAAAGAAAGCAGUGGAUUGGUACGAAUCAGUGCUGAACAUGUCGAACGACGAUGAAGUUGGCGAGUACGAUGCCACUGGAGACACACCCCCCCACGAAAUCAUGGCCAGGGUGGCAAAGUUGUACCUGGAUGGAGGGGAGGACCUCCCUAAGGACCCUUCCUAUGCCGGCGACUUGUACACACGAGCGGCUGAAAAUGCCACACAGGCAAUGAAGGGAAGACUGGCCAACAAA